AUGGAUUUCUCCUCCAAAUAUAGUCAAGUUCACAGGGAGAGAAAAUAGUGUGUGAGAGAGAGAGAAACAAACGCUCGCUCACUCACUCUCACUUUUAAUUUCUUCUUUGGCCUGUUCAUCGCCAUCAUUACCAACAAAGCCAAGCCAACACCACCUCACACCUCACCCUCUUCAAAUUCUGUAUAUUUUUUUCAAUUUUCAACUACCCAAGAACAGAACAGAACAUAACAGAAACAGAGAAGAGCAGAGCAGAGCUACUAAUUCUCUGGAAGAGUAAAAGCUACUACAUAUUUCACUGUCAGAUCUUUUUUCAUGCUAACAUAACUCUGAAAUCUGGGAUUUCUUCUUCUUUGUUGGUUAGCUCAAAGAGCAACAGCAUCGACCUUGAUCUGAUGCAAAUUUCACUCCUAGUUUGAGCUUUCGCCUUGAUUUUCUGAUCUGGGUUCUGUCAUUUCUCUUUCGAGGUACUCUGUUCAUUAGCAUUUGUUCUUUUUUAGUGUAAUGAGAUCAAGCAUCUCAGAAUUUGGUAAACUUCUUUGAUCAGAUUUGAAGCCUCCUUAGCUUGGCCGAUCUUUACUGUUUCCUUUAUAGGAAGAAUUUUGAUUCCAACCAAUGGAAUUGGAAGAUCAACAAUUCAAGCAUCUAUGCAAGUUCUGCUGCAAGAGCUUUCCCUGUGGUAGAUCCUUGGGAGGUCACAUGAGGUCUCACUUGACCAAUAAUUCGGCAGGAACAGAGGAAAAACUCAUAAUCGGCAAAGUUAAACUCCCAUCAGCCAACGAUGUUAAUUCUGAUUUUGAAACCGGACCUCAUCAUCAGCCAGGUUAUGGCCUCAGAGAGAACCCCAAGAAGACUUGGAGGCUUGCAGAUUCAAGUGAGGAUACUUCACUUCUCCCUGACAAGUUUUGCAGAGAAUGUGGUAAGGGGUUUCACUCUUGGAAAGCUCUGUUUGGUCACAUGAAGUGCCACUCAGAGAAAGAAAGAGUUGUUAAUUCCAUCAAUAGCUUUGAUGAGGAAGAAGAAGAAGAUUCUUGGACUUGUGCCAACCAGAAGCUAGUCAUGGACAACCAAUCUGACAACGAAACUACUACUCCCAACAGGAGAAGAAGAUCGAGACGAAGAAGAACAAGGUACAUGGGCACAACAACCUCCUCUUCCAAUUUCUCUAUUGCUAAUGCUGCCACUUCCUCUGUUUCUGAGAUUGAGCAAGAACAAGAAGAGGUUGCUCUGUGUUUAAUGAUGCUUAAAAGGGAUGCGGGUCACUGGGGUGGCUUGAAAUUUAUAGCACAUGACUCCUCUGAUAACAAUUCUGUGUUCUCUGAAGCUCCUUCAUCAGGUCGAACAAAUCAGGUUAAUGCUGAUAUUAAGGGUAAGGUUUCUGUCUGCAGUGGUAUUGAGAUUUUGAAACUGAAGAAGAAACUUAAUAAAAAGACAUUGGAGCUUGGAAAUUUGGAUUCUGAUUUUUCAAAACAUGGGUCUAGGAUGAAAAAAGAAGAACUUCUUUCUGCUGUUGGGUUUUCCAAAAAUGAUAAAUUGGACGAAAAAAUGGAGUUAGCUCAACCUCAAUUGGGUUCAAACAACAAGUGCAAUUCAAGCAAGAGAAAAUUCCAGGAGAGUUAUGAUUUUGAGUCAAGGUCAGAGCAAUCUCUGAAAACAUUGAGCACAACUAGAGGUGAUGUUUUAGAUUCUGAAGCAGUCUGCAAGAGUUCACAAAAGAGAAGCAAAUUUGAGUGCACUACUUGCAACAAGGUUUUUAGGUCAUACCAAGCUCUAGGAGGCCAUAGAGCAAGUCAUAAAAAGAUCAAAGGAUGCUUUGCCUCAAAAGUUGAAAGCAGUGAAAACACCAUUGAAACAGACCUCUCUCCUGAGCCAACAUCAGACAGUAAGCUCAGCAAGUCUUGCAAGAAUGAAAACCCCAUUAAGCAUGAUGUUAAAGCUGAGAUUAGUACAGAGAAUAAAGGUCAUGCUUGUCCAAUUUGUCUAAAAGUUUUCCCCUCAGGCCAAGCCUUGGGUGGUCACAAGAGAUCCCAUUUGAUUGGUGGUUCAGCUGAGAAUAAAAACAGCCAAACCAUUGUAAUUCAGAAACCUGCAGCACCUGAAGUCAGGGACUUUCUUGAUCUCAAUCUCCCUGCUCCUGUUGAAGAAGAGAGCAGCAGCAGCCAUGCUGCUGCCUUUAAGCCAUGGUGGGUUGGAAGCAGCCAUAAGCAUGAGGCCCUUGUAGGCCUCAUCUCCAACUGAGUUUCCUCUAUAAGUCCUUCCCAUGCUGGUUUCCAAUCCAAUAAAGAUUCAAAGUGUACAGAUACAUAUUUCUGGACAUUAAUUCAUUAAUUCUUUACAGAUUUUAGAGUUUGCUGAGGCAUUGCUGCUCAUUGCCAGUUUCCAACAAAUUCUCAAUUACCAUUUCCAUCUUUUGUUACAGUAUACCAUAUAAAUCUCAUUUCCUUUUGAAACUUCAAUACUGUAAUUGAAUUUCAUAUUCUCUUAUAAGAAUUGUACCUUUUUUUAUAUAUAGGAAAGUAAU